GAGAAGCUCAUCUGGUGAUUCAGUGUUCAGAUGAGGGUGUCUGGUUAUCUUUAUGGGCUGCAGCCUGGGACAAAAGGUACCAAGGUCACAGGCAGCAUAUACUUUUUGACCCUGUUGCUAUUCUUUAUACCUGAUAGCUCAGCUCCCUCCAUUGCUACAGUUGCGGGCACCCAUCCCCAGAUUACUAAGUCUUUGUACACACUAAAAAACACACUAGAGCACAGGGCAGGCAUCAUAUUGCUAAGUCUUAGAAACAGAAUUUUGAUGUCACAGGCAAUGAUUGUGGAUCAGUAUCAAGAGGCUCAAGAAGAGGAACAUGGGCCAGGCGCAGUGGCUCACGCAUGAAUCCUAGCACUCUGGGAAGCUGAGAGAGAGCAGCAAACAAGGGCGAGAAAGUACAUGAAAAGCUUCUGUGGACUCUGGAGGCCUACACAACUAUAUCAUCUUACAACGUAUUUAUAUGCUGAUGAGAAUGUGGAAAUGAUCCAAUGGAGAUAAGAAUGGUGAUGAAGAUGGGUGAGGACAAACAGGAGGAUGAAGAGGAAAAAAGGUUAACUUAUGACACAGAUAUGCCGUGGAGCUGCCUCCCCACUGGGGUGGAGUCUCACUCCUCUAUUCCUUAAGUGUGAGCUUCCCAUGGAGACUUCCUUCCAAAGAGUCCAGUAUGUAAAAGAAGGAGAGGAGAGAGGGAAGAAUAACUUUACAAUGGAGAAAGCGAACAAGCAAGCACUACCUCAGCCAGCCCUCAGAACUGCUGGCCUCCUGACAAGCUGGCUGUUUGGAUAGUCUGAAGGAUGAGAUUGCUGCAGCAGAAAGUGGGUUAUGACAGCACAGCUUUGCUGCUGGAGAUGAAAGACCAAUGAUCCCAGAAAACAGUGCACAGGGCGGGUUGAGCCAACCAAGGACUUCGUGAAGACUCAUUUGGACACUCUGGAGGCCAGUGGGGUACUACAAAGAGCCAUGGGGGUGUUGAUGUCCAAGCGGCAGACAGUAGAGCAGGUGCAGAAGGUGAGCCUGGCUGUGUCUGCCUUCAAGGAUGGGCUUCGGGACAGGCCUUCCCUCCGGCGCACGGGGGAGCUACCAGGGUCCCGCCGUGGCACGGUGGAGGGCUCCGUCCAGGAGGUACAGGAGGAGAAAGAAGCAGAGGCAGGCACCGCAGUGGCCCAGGAAGAGAGCAGUGUCCACCGUGCAGCCUGGGAGCGGCUCCGAGAUGGGCGUGGAGUAGAGCCCGAGGAGUUCGACAGGACCAGUCGUUUCACACCACCUGCCUUCAUCCGCCCCACGAGGAAGCUGGAUGACGACAAGCCUCCAGAAAUCUGCUUGGAGCCCAGAGAGCCUGUUGUCAACGAUGAGAUGUGUGAUGUCUGUGAGGUCUGGACGGCUGAGAGCCUCUUCCCGUGCAGAGUCUGCACCAGGGUUUUCCAUGAUGGCUGCCUGCGCCGCAUGGGCUACAUCCAAGGAGAAGGUUCAGCGGAGGUGACCGAGAUGGCCCACACGGAAACAGGCUGGAGCUGCCACUACUGUGACAACCUCAACUUGCUGCUUACUGAGGAGGAAAUGUAUAGUCUCAUGGAGACCUUUCAGCAUUGUAAAGUCAUCCCUGAUUGCUCCCUGACGCUGGAGGACUUCUUGCGCUAUCGCCACCAAGCAGCGAAGCGGGGGGACGGUGACAGGGCCCUGAGCAAGGAGCAAGAGGAACAGGCGGCCCGCCAGUUUGCAGCCCUGGACCCUGAACAUCGAGGCCACAUAGAGUGGCCUGACUUCCUGUCCCAUGAGUCCCUCCUACUUUUGCAGCAACUGCGUCCCCAGAACUCUCUCUUGAGGCUUCUGACAGUUAAGGAACGGGAACGAGCCCGAGCCACCUUCCUGGCACUGGGCAGUGGGAGUGCCAUCAGUGAGGCAGAGUGUGGCCGCGCCCAGCACUCUUGGUUUUGCAAACGCCCUACAGAAGCUCCAUCCUGCAGUGUCAGCAGCGUCAGCCAUGUGGGUCCCAUAGCUGACAGCAGCCCGGCCAGCAGCAGUAGCAAGAGUCAGGACAAGACCCUGCUGCCCACAGAGCAGGAGUCCAGAUCUGUGGACUGGCCCACCUUCCUGCGAGAGAACGUCCUCUACAUCCUGGCUGCUCGCCCCAACAGCGCAGCCAUUCACCUGAAACCCCCAGGAUAGCAUGGAGUGGAGAAGUUGGUUCGGGGACAGUGACAUCCUCUCCCUCCUUUCCUCUCUCCCUUCCCCCCACCAACCUCUGGCACUGAGACUCAUGGGGAUGGGCCCCUGCCACCAUCUUAACUUGUCACUGAGCUGUAGAGCACUGAAGUCACCGUUGCCCUCACUACAGAGGCAGUGAGUGCGUUGCCACAGCCAAGAAGCCCAGGGAGCUGUGGGCACAUCUGCUCCCGGACCACCGCCUGCCCUCACAUCAUAGACUGGACCCGCCACCACACACACAUGUGCGUGUACACACGCACACGCACGCACACACAUGCCUAGCUGUCCAUGCCUUCAGAAGCCUGGUUCUUUUGCGUUGAAAAAGGACCAAAGUCCCUUGUGAAGGCCCUGCUGUAGAGGAGGGAGUCUCUACUCACCCCUCCUGUUGGCCAGUUCUCAUUUCCAAUAGAUAAGUCUCUGGCCAAGUGAUUCUUAAUGAGGGGGCGUAUCACCCCCUUGGAGAUGCUGACAGACCCCUCUGCCCCCACUGAAGAUCCUUUCUGUGGUGAGCCACUGUUACUAGUAGGUGUGUACUGUGUACCUCGGCUGUACUUGGGUGGGAAAAUAGUUGCAAACCACCACUGCAGUUCUGCCUAUUAUUUAUUUAAAUUCUAAUUCUUGGUGGCAGAGAAGGCAACUAGCUUGUGGAAUCCUGACUGGAAGAGGGGGAGGCUGCCCCUCCCAGAGACCCAGAAUUCCAGGAACCUCUCAGCCAGGUCAUCCAAGUUCAAAAGUCUUUAGCAGAACAGUUAAAAACCAAGGCGAGCCUUCUCGGCCCCUGUUUUUCAGAUGGUAGCUCAUGGCCCAGAGCCCACAGAGCCUGAAUGGGACAAAACGGUGGCAGGAGUUCAGCCCCCUGUUAGCUGCUUCACCCGGGCAGGCUACCACAGAGACCCACGAGGACGUGGUCUGGCUGGAAGAGGAGAGGCAGGGCUCAGUCCCUCCCGUCGUUCCAGCUCAACUCAGCCACAGGCCUAGGCAAGUGUGCCAUGGUGUGGAGAAUGCAGCCAGCCUCUUCCACAGCCCAAGAAAGAGCAGCUCUGCAGCUGCCCUGAGCAGAGACUCCUUUCAGCCAUCCUGGCAAUGAGAAUGAGAAGACGUGCAUCGCAGCUUUCUCAGAGGAGGCCCUGGGAAAGCCUCAGUUUCCCUUCUCCCUGUCACCGGGGUGUGCCUCGAGUUGCUGCUUCUCUCGCUGCUCACUGCAUGUCCUUCUCCACCAGGCUGGGGCCUUCUGGUGUGGGAGGACUCUGGAGGCAAGCAGAGGCUGCCCCAGGGCGCCAAGCCUGGUCUCCAAGCCCCAUCACCCCUCCCCAAGUUCUUAUAAGUUCUCAAGUCAGUGUGUGUCAUGGGUCACAUUGGGGUCUGGGUUCUAGGUUCUGUUUCCAACCUAAUGACUUAAGCGUAGCCAGAUCUGACUCCCAAGAGUUAUUCAAGAGGGAGUUGAGCUCAGUCAUGCGGAAGCUAACAUAUUUUCUUUGCUCGAGGCACUCGUGCUAAAUUGGGUGCUUACAGAAGGCUUGUGCCUCUCAGUGAUGAGAUGCUCGGACGAAAGCAAGGAGCUGCAGCGGGGCUGGGUAAGAGCCCUGAGUAGUUAGUCUCCCCUGUAGGAAGUGCCUGACCUGGAAGCAGGAUGAUACGCUGCUGGGGCUGGAUGACUUAGGACUGAAAUGCAGCAGACAGGAGACAAAUCUGGGUUCAUAUGUGUGGCCCUGGACAUUUCAAAACCCACAGCUUUUGUAAAUACUCCUCAACCAUACUCCCAGGACUGAUGAGGGGCCAUUAUUCAGUCUAGUCAAAAAAAACAGAGAAGAAAAGAAAGCACAUGACUCUUAGGCCAAGGACUGCGUCUGAAGCAGCCAGGCCUGGGGUUUUGCACUGAGAAGAUUAAAGCACAUUAAGCACAGGGGCUCUCGCUUCCUCUCCUGGCAAGUCACCCCCUGUGCCAGUGGCCUUGGGCUGCUUGAUCUCACGGACAGGGCGUUUUAAGUAGAGACAAGCACUGGGCUUUGAGAGCUGAAUAGCUUUUUUCUCCUGCCUCCUCAUCAGUCACGGGGACUGGCAGUCCAUCUUGUGCCCUGAUCCUUCCCAGAUCAAGGUGACGCCUACCUCUCUGGAGCCGCUGCCUCUCCCUCUCUGUGGGUGAGUGGUGAGAGUCCGUGGGCCAGAUCAGGCCUGCUCUAUCCCAGGGCCUGGCAAAGCAGGCCCCCGAGUUCGGCCACCACAGGAGUAGGCCCAUUUGCGAUCACCCUUCUCCCUGUUCCAGGACAGCAAGCUUCCUUGGUGAGGGCCCCCAGCAAAGAAUAGAGUUCCCAGUCCACAGGAGUCCCAGAAAAGCACAGAGGAGCAGCCGGGCUCUUCUCCACAGGCAUCUAAUGUUUCACCAAAGGGGAUGCUCUGUUGCUCCCCAGUCCAGGAUUGCAGAAGGCCCACACCAAGCCCCCAUCCAGAAUCUCCCAUUACAGUGCCCUAGUCCCCAGAGCCCCUCUGCAGUACGCGUGGAGAUGUGAAAACGUUUAUGAACCUAGUGAGGCCGCUCCCUUUCCGUUUCCAGCCCUUCCAUCACUGUGACGCUGCAGUUCUGCCAAGUACCAUCAUGAGUGUCUGGCUCUAAUAAGGGUAUGAGAAAAUGUUUCAGUCUUUUCUUGGCUGCCCAACAGUGAGAUCGGUGUUUUUCCAAGCAGCCUUCAACCAAGGAAGGCUUGGGUUACAGAUCAGCUCCUCUGAAAACCACUUGGUAGUUUUUCACCCAGCAUUUCUCUUUCCCAUGUUCACAUUUAAAUAAGUGACAGUGGAUAAAACAGUGGAGCUGCAGGGACAGAGGCCAGCAGAGGAAGUGGCCGUGGCCCUGUAACCUCCCCAGAUGUGCUCCUUGGCGGCCUCUCCUGAGGCCAGCUUCCCCAACAGAGCACUGGAGAGGUGCAGGGAUGUGGUGUGCAGGGAUGGCGCCGUUCCCUCCCUCCUAGGGACUGAUCCAAUUCUCAAGUGCUCUUCCUUGAGGACAACCACGGCUGAAACCAUGAGUACAUUGCCUUUUUCUUCCCUCAGCCCAAGCAACUGGGGUGGCAGAGCAGACGUUGGCCUUUCUGGCUCUGGUGAUCCCGAUGGGCUGUCACCCUGGCCUUGUUUAAGCGGCCAGGUCUUAGGGUUCCCCUGUUCCUAUCAUCAAUAUGGAAAGCACAGAAUUAAACUGCCAGGGUUGUGUCCCCGGCCAUUAGCCUAAGGCACAACCUCAACCAUUGCAGGUACCACAGCUUCAGUGAGAGUGGCGCCAGGGAGCCCUAAAGCCAAGGGAGAAACUUAGCAGAAGCUGUCAGGGCCCCAGGCCAGCCAUGACUGCCCAGAGCGGAGAGUACCUCCAGGCAGGACUGAGAACUGGUGGCAGGCGCUAGCGAUCCUGCACGCAUGUUCCCUUCAGACUCGCAGAGUGAAGGCAGAUACAUGCAUGGCACUAAAAGGCAGAACAACCUUGUUGCCCAAGUUUCAGGACAUCCUGGCAGCACCUGUAACCAUAGUCCCUUUUUACCCCGCCCCUAUUUACAGUGAAAUGAUAUUGCUGCUUUCUCGAAGCCCCUUCAUGUGAAUUUGCCCAGGAUAUCUCUCUGGGCCCCUGGCUGCAGCCCACACAGUGGGCUCUCCUGGAGUCAGGGAUAUUAAUGCAUCAUGCCUGUUCCUGACAGCUCGGCCCUGGAGUCGGGUGGGACUGGGCAUUUUUCCUGCUGCUGCUGUUUUUGGCAACCUUGAAAGGAAAACAAACAGGUUGGGUUCCAUUAGACCCAACUGGCACUAAAGAAAAGCUUCUCUCUGGGCCACAUGCCCCAGUGAGCAUGGAGGGGGGUCAGGUCCCGUCUGGGCCAGUGACUAAGAAGCCUAAUGCGUUCCAGUUCGUAUAGCCCUGGGACGCACAACCACAGCGGAGAACAUCAAGGUGUAAGUGGCAAGGCCUUCCCAUAUCCGUGGUGAGACGAAGCCCUUCUGGCUUGCCUCCAGCCAUUUAGGGUUGGCCGUGCUCUGGCUCCAGCAAGCACGGUUUGUGACGAGGGCUCUGAGAGCACCUGAGUAACAGCGCAGGAUGCACGCCCCCGCCCCGCGUGCCCUUCCCAUGCGCUUUUCUGCAGAAGGUAACUUGACAGGAAGCUGAGGGGGACGACCCCAGGCCCUGUCUUUCCAUCUCCACAGCUGCAUGCUCCUCCCUGUGGCCAGCCUUCACAGCCGCUCCAGAAGGAGCUGCUCCCAGAGGCUGGGCACAGUGGAAAUCAUAAUAAAGAGAUUGUGAUGUUA